GUCAAGUAUUAAUAGAUUAUAACCUGUUGACAUAUGUCUAACGAAUCUCAGAAAGGCGGCGUAUUUCUUGAAUAUCGCUGAAUCAAAGUCAAAUUUCGUGACAAAACCUUGUGGGUUUCAUUGGAAAAAAGGGCAGAAGCGUGGGCUCACCAAAAUUACCAGGGAAAAUAUUCAAGGCAACACAUCAAAUGCACUAAAUGAAGGUCGCGGAGUCUCUCCCGAAGAGCAUAGCAUCUUUCUUUUCUUUCUUCUAAUCUUUAAUUGCCAAAGACAAGAUGACAUGGCUGGGAUUGUUGGUGGCGCCUUCCUCUCUGCUACUCUUCAGGUGCUGUUUGAUCGUUUGGCUUCUCGCGAGUUCCUCAACUUCCUUCGUGGGCGGAGAACUGUGGAAGCAAAGCUUAAGGAGCUGCGCCGAAAAUUGCUUGUACUCGAUACAGUGCUCGAUGAUGCAGAGGCUAAGUAUAUCAGGAAAGAAGCAGUGAAGAAGUGGUUGGACGAGCUUAAAGAUGCUGUCUAUGAUGCGGAGGACUUAGUGGAUGAGAUCAACUAUCAAGCUUUGCGAUGCAAAGUGGAACAUGAGUACCAAAGCCGCCCAAACCAGGUAACAGGGCUUAUCCCAACUUCUACAAUUUCAUUUGAUGUAGGGAUGGAAUCCAAACUAGAGGAGAUGGUCCAUAGAUUAGAGGAUUUUGUGAAAGAAAAGGAUGCUCUUGGUUUGAGAGGCGACGAUGGAGGGAAAUCGCGUGUUAGCAGGUUGCCAACAACUUCUUUGGUGGAUGAAACCUAUGUAUUUGGGAGGGAUUUGGAGAAGGAGGAUAUAAUUAAUUUGUUGCUUUCAGACGAUGCAUGUGGUAACGAGAUAGGUGUAGUUCCAGUAGUGGGGAUGGGCGGAAUAGGGAAGACCACUCUCUCUCAAAUUGUGUACAAUGAUGCUAGAGUGGAUCAACAUUUCGAAAUUAAAGCAUGGGUCUUUGUAUCUGAUGUUUUUGACAUUCUCGGGAUUUCCAAAUCGAUUCUUGAGAGAAUCACUGAAAAAACUCACGUAACCGCAAACCUUGAAGAAAUUCAAGUCCGUCUUAGGGAGAAGCUGCGUGGCAAGAAAUAUCUAAUUGUAAUGGAUGAUGUCUGGAAUGAAAAUUAUGAGAUGUGGGAACUUUUGAUGAGACCUUUGAUAGCUGGGGCAUGUGGAAGUAAGAUUAUCGCAACUACACGUAAUAAGAGGGUUGCAUCUAUCAUGCAAAAAAAUCCUGCUGUUCAUCAGAACUUACAACCACUGUCAGAUGAAGAUUGCUUCUCUCUCUUCUCUAAAAUUGCUUUCACUCAUCCAAACCUCAAAAUGAUGCGUGGGGAUGUGGUGAGAAGGUGCAAAGGGUUGCCUUUGGCUGCAAAAACACUUGGGGGUUUGUUGCGUUCCAAACUUGGUAUUGAGGAGUGGAAUGACGUCUUAAAGAGUGAUUUAUGGGACUUGCCUGAAGAUAAGAAUAAUAUCCUUCCAGCCCUAAGAUUAAGUUAUUAUUAUCUGCCUUCUCAAGUUAAACAAUGCUUUGCUUAUUGUUCCGUAUUUCCUAAAGGUUACAAAUUUCAGAAGGAAAGGCUAGUACUGAUUUGGAUGGCUCAAGGUUUUCUGCAAUCUAGAGCUAAUAAGACAAUGGAAAAGAUUGGUGAGGAGUACUUCGAUGAACUUGUAUCAAGGUCAUUCUUCCAACAAUCCGAUUAUGAAGUAAACUCGAAACAGACCUAUUUUACAAUGCACGACCUUGUUCAUGAUCUAGCACAAGCCAUAUCUGGACAGUUUUCUAUCCACUUAGAAGACGCCAAAAAGCUACAUGAUAUUCCCAAAAUAGUACGCCACAUUUCUUUUGAUUCAUUCGCCCUUGACAUGAGGGGUAUUAAUUGGUUCAAGGCAUUAAAUGAGGUCAAAAGUCUAAGGACAUUUCUGCCUUUCUCGCAUCAAUAUGUAUUCGAUGAUGAGGUGUUGAAUACGUUAGAUGAGGUGUUGAAUACAAUGGCACCACUACGGGUACUAUCUUCUCCAAUUUUACCUCAUUCGGUUGAUAGUUUGACAAAUCUACGAUUCUUGGACUUAUCAGGCUCAAAAAUUCUACGGUUGCCUGAAUCAAUUUGUAACCUAUACAAUUUACAGACAUUAUUACUAAGCGAAUGCCGUUCCCUCACCACACUACCAUCAGAAAUUGGAAAACUAAUUUGUUUGCGUCAUCUAGAUAUUAGCUCUGUAACAUACCCAGAAAAUUCGGGCACUAUGUUAAUGGAGAUGCCAAUUCAAAUUAGUCGACUAACAAGUCUCCAACAAUUAAGUAAUUUCAUAUUGGGUAAGAAUGGUGGGCUGGAGUUUGAAGGCCUGAAAGAGCUCCAUCAUCUUCAAGGGUCACUAUGCAUUUCAAACUUGCAAAAUGCAACAAGUACCAAGGAUGCAUUGGUCACCAAAUUAAAAGAGAGAGCGCUUCUCAAAGAGUUAAAAUUUGUAUGGGAUGGAGAAACCAAUGACUCCUGUUUUGAAAGAGAAUUGCUUGAGAAUCUGCAGCCUCAUGCCAAUUUGACGAGCCUCUCAAUAUGUGGGUAUGGGGGCACAACAUUUCCUUGCUGGUUGGGAGAUCCCUUGUUCACUAAUUUGGGUACCUUAACCCUUUAUGGAUGUGAGCAUUGCUUUAGCUUGCCCGGUCUUGGUCAACUGCCCUCUUUGCAAGAACUUGUUAUUGAAUCUAUGAGGGGAUUAAGAAAAGUGGGCUCUGAAUUCUAUGGGGAUGUUUCUUUGGGCAAACCGUUUCAGUAUCUAAAGAAGCUAACUUUUAGAAGAAUGUUUGAAUGGGAAGAAUGGUUUAUGUCUGGAACUGUAGAGUUCUCUCAGCUUCAAAAGCUCAGUAUAAUAGAUUGUCCCAAGCUAAUGGGGACUCUACCUACUCAUAUUCCAUUUUUGCAGAAAUUUGUUAUUAUCAAUUGCCUAAACCUUAUGCCUUUUCCUCCAUUACAAUUCUAUUUGAACCUUCAAGAACUAAGCAUGUUCCAUUUGGAAAAACUCGAAAGUCUUUCCAUUUCCGACGAGCAUGAGCUUCAAAAUCUAAAAUCUAUCUGCCUUAAUGACUGUCCAAACAUGAUAUCUGUUGCUCAUGGAGGGUUAUCAGCUCCCAAUAUUAGGGUUCUUGAUGUCUGUUCAUGCCCACAAUUGAAGUCCCUACCAGAAAGAAUGUGCAGCCUCCUUCCGUCCCUUUUAUCAUUGAGUAUUGAAGAUUGUCCAGAACUUGAGUCGUUUCCAGAAGGGGGUCUUCCCUCAAACUUAAGGAAACUUGGAAUAGGGAAUUGCAAGAAACUUGUUGCUCGUAGGAGAGAGUGGGGUAUUCAAACACUCCCUUCCCUUCAAUACUUUCUAAUUUGGAAUGAAGAAGAGCUGGAAUGCUUUCCAGACGAGGGGCUGCUUCCCUCCACUCUUACAGAGCUUGUAAUUGUUUCUCUACCAAAUCUAAAAUUGUUGAACAACAGGGCCCUUGAACUCCUUGGCUCUCUUGAAAUACUGGGAAUUGGCGAGUGCCCUCAACUCCAGUCCCCGUCUAAAGAGGGCCUUCCCAACUUCACCUCUAAGAUGAGAAUCAUAUAUAUAUGAACCAUAGCUGGAAUCUUGCUGAAAACUUACUGGAAAAAGGGUUUGAGAAUCCCAUGAUAUAUAUAUAUCAGAGGGAAUCAUUCCAUGUGUGGCAAUCAAUUCAGGUGCUACCUCUACACUUUGUUUAUGCGUGAGUUGAUUCGUUACUGAAAGCUUGGGAGAGUGAUAAUGUUUACGUGCUUGCUGUAACAACUUUUGUUAGCUGACGUGUUUAGGAGUGCAUGCUGAUAUGGAUUUCAAGUGUUUUAUUUCUGUUUUACUUUGCUUUUGAAUAAGUCAAGUUAGUUCCACUUUUCUAGGAAGUGGUUAGUUGCUUGUUGUGAUCAUGGGAUAAUUUCUAGCCAUGAUCUUAGUGAUUUGAUUUUCUGUUCUCUACUUAUUCUGUAAGGAUUCAGAAGUUAAUUCAGUUUUUUGCAUCUUAUUCCUCA